UGUUGUGUAUAAAUUGUUUGGUUGAGCCCAACGGCAAUGUCAGUACCGGUUGAACAAUAGAGCAGUGUCAAGGUCCAAUACGGUGUUGAGCAUCAUGAAGCAGUCAGUUGCAGUGCAUCACGUGGUGAUCUUUCUCGUGGGAGUUGUUUUUAUUGGUGACGUGCAAGCGGCGUUCAAGGACAUUGGUGGUUGCGCAAGGUUAGACAGCGCGUGGUCCUGUUACGGUGGUCGGAUCCUACGGAACGUGGUGAAACAGUUGGCCGCGGAACAGUCACUCGAACUGAUGCCGGGUGUUGAGAUAGUGCAAGUGGACAGAUCCGGUGAAGAACGGAACAGGGAGUUGAACGAAGUUGACGAUCGGGAUCGAGAUGAUGGUAGCGUGACUGGAAGUGUGACACGGUACCUAACCAACCAUGAACUGAAAGUGAAUUUGGGUGAAAUGGUCCGGAAAAGUGAGAUUCGGAAUGUAGUACGAGCGACGCUGCAGACGGUGUAUCACGAGAUGGCGCGGGAUUUCGGAGAAGCUCGCAAAAAGGACAAGGGCGGCUACGGGGCCAUCAUGAUGAUGGGCAUGAUGAUGAGCAAGGUGCUCGGUGCGCUGGGCUUUGGCGGUGUCGCGUUGCUGGCCAUGAAAGCCCUCGGAGUGUCCAUGAUGGCGCUGCUGCUGUCGGCCAUCCUGGGCCUGAAGAAGCUAACCGAGGGCGGGGGAGACCACAAGGGGCGCCACAAUACCGAGUUUCGAGUUUCCUCCGGUGGGGACGAUCCGCUGGCGAUGGUGGCUGCCACGGAAACCGACGGCACUGGUUACGGAAUUGAGCACUACCAGGAAGCAACCACAGACGGUGGCGCUGGACGGCGACGACGGUCGCCGCAGGAUCGGGACCAACAGCUGGCGUACCACGGUUGGGCUGCGGUUGUGGGAUAAAAAAAAUAAAAAGUGAGGGAUGUGGGAGUUGGUUUUUAUUUAUUUUUAUUUAUUGUUACUGUUA